AUUGAUCAGUGAUAAGUAAACAUAACAGAAAGCAAAACAAAAAACCAGUAAACGAGAUGCCGAAGAUUCCAAAAGGACUGCAUAAACCUCGGAUUCCAACAGGUUUACUGAGAAUGGAUCAAGAGAUUUAUCAAAAGAAAGGUACCCUCCCAAAAAAUAAUGGUGACUCUAAUAGCUGCAUGACUGGCUAUCGUGGAAAUGGGGGAAAAACCAAAAGAUAUAGUAGAGUUGAUCAUAAAGAAAUACAACAGAGCAAUAAAAACAAGAAGAUUUUAGUUGUCGAUCAUCGUACAGAUCAAACAGAUGUAGAGAAAAGUUCUGGUCACUUACCAUCCCACAUUGAAGAAAACAUUGUUCAACUUCUCAAUCACAACCCAGAUGGGAUAAAUCUUGAGAAAUUCAGUAGUGCCUACAUGGAAGAGUUUGAUGCCCAAUUAAUAAGCACUAAGUAUGGUUAUGCUGAUAUUGUAGAUCUUUUGAAGGCAAUGUCAAAUCAUGUCAUCAUGAAGAUCAGUGGAUUACAGGACCAGGUGGUGGUUAUGCCAAAAACAGGUACUGACGGAAACAAUGUGGUGAGGAGGAGAUUACCAUCCCAUAGCAUUCCAGAUGCUAUUAUUUCAACAUUCCAGACCAUUGUGAAGGAGCAUGGUGGUGGCAUUAUGCUUGAUAGACUAAUUCCAGAAUAUGAGAUGAAGACUGGCAAAAAAUUGGAAAUUUCAAAAUUGGGGUGCAAUUCCAUCCCAGAACUUCUUUCACGCCUAUGUGGUAAAUUGAAAGUGCUCCAGAGGGAAUCAAAUCAGCUUCUUCUCUAUGAUCCUGCCCUAUCUAACCCUCCAGAAUGCAGAGCUUCUUACAGACAACCAGAAGGUUCUUCAGCUGAUGAGCGUUCAAGAACUUUAAGCCAUAAGUGUAGCUCACGACUUAAGGAACUGAUGGAGGAAUUUCCUGAGGGUCUUGCUAUUGACGAACUUAAAGGAGUUUACACGGGUUUUUAUGGAGCCACACUGGAUGAUUUGAAUCCUGAAUGCUGUGGUUAUAAAAGCCUUGAAGCUCUUCUGAGAGCCUACUCAGAAACGGUCACUCUUCACUAUGAAAAGGGAACUAUCAUGGUGCGGCCAAAUACUGCACUUAUACCUCAGCCAUUAUGCCAGGUUGAACCUUCAUUUUGGCCACAGAAAGUUGCAGGGAUUGGGGACACGUACCAGAGAUUGGAUGUGCAAUCUCUGAUUGUAGUAGGAACGAUGGUGGACAUUCUGGUCGCAGAAGUUUACACACCUCAACGAUUUUGGAUAAUACAUAAAGGGAUCAGCACAUCACACUCCUUGGACUCUCUAAUGGACUGCAUGUAUGAGUUUUAUAGCAGCCAGGUGGGAGAGCGUUACCUUGUUCCUCGAGACGCAGUGGCUGUUGGUGCCCCAGUAAUUGCUCUUUUUAAGGAGGACAAUAACUACUAUAGGUCACUUAUAACAUCAUUGGAAGAUCUUGGAACUGUGCAGGUGUUUUUUGUUGACUAUGGCACAGUGUGUAAGUGUGACUACACAUGUCUGCGUCUCAUUCAUAGAAGAUUUUUCACACUCCCAGCACAGGCCAUCAAAGCAUCUUUAAGUGGUGUGAUUCCUUCAAAAAAGUGUAAGGUGUGGAGUCAAGCAGCUUCACAGAGGUUCCUGCAGUUGAUCCAGAAUAAAGAGCUUGUGGCCAAAAUUGUCUCCGUAGAGGAUGUAACAACUGUGAAUCUGUGGGACAUGAGUGGAGGAGAGGACCUAAACUUUGCAGAAAUUCUUGUGGCUGAAGGUUGGGCUGUCAUCAGUUCAGCUCCCUUGAAUGAAAAACUUCCCGCAGAAAGUUUAUGUGAUGCAAGUUUUGUUAACACACAGUUCAGAAUUCCUGAAGGGCCAAUCAUUCAAGAUGUUGGUCCAGUGACUAAAAGUUUAAAUUUGAAAGAGGGUCAGAGUCAUCGAGAAUUGAAUACAGUUCCCUCAUUGUCUAACUCAGGAACACAAACUAUUAAUCUUGUGGAUGCAACUGAUCAAGAGGUUGUAGUAACUACCUGUGAUUUUCUAACACCACAGAGUGUGACUUAUCCACCCGUACCAAAAGAUUGUAGCAAGAAUUGCCAGUUUUCUCAUGUGGCUUCUCCAACCAUGACAGUUAAAUCAAACAGUCACAGCCAGUCACCUCCUACACUUUUUACAGAUGACUUUAAUAAUCACAGCUAUUUAUCUUCUUGCUCUCAUAAUGAAUUGACAGAGUUGAAUCAAGCAACAUUACAAAACGAGAUGAUGUCCAGAAACCAUGCAGCAGUUACUGAUGCAAAGGAGCCAUUUUUAAAAUCAACUGGAUUUGGAACAAUUCCUGCAAGCCACAAAAACAGUUAUCCUCGAGCUCAGUUAGUACUGUCUGCCUUUAAAUUUGCUUCAACUGAUCCUUCACCCAAUAGUGAAACAGUACACGUAGAUGUAAAAAGGACCAAUCCUCCACCUGGGUUUAGCCCUGAACCUAAUAGUGUCCAAAUUGUUGCUGGUUCAUCUGGACCCAAGACAAAUGUAACCAGUGCUCAGUAUCAUACCAUGACUCCCACAGAAAUGGAUUACAUGUUCUUCAGUGAUGAAGAUGAACCAGAUGGACCCUAUCAGUAUGAGUGCAAGAUAAGACCCACACCACUGACUGCUGGUAAAAAACUUUACAUUGUAAUGUUAAAUGCAAAUCCCUUUGUCAUGAGCGCUGAUAUAUCCCAAUUGUUGUGGCACUCGGAUAUCCUUGUGACUCUUCUCCAGCAAAAAAGAAGAGACUACCCAAAGAUUAUUAUUACAAUAAGAGCUGACCCAAAUGUGUACAAUAAGCUAAUGGAGUUUGGCUGUGUUAAUGUGUUUAAUGAAGAUGGAAGUAUUCGGCCCUACAUCGUUCUUUAUCCUUUGGAGAUAUUGCCCAGAAUUCUGCAGUUUUUCUCAUGUGAUGAUGCAGUACUGACUUCUGUCAAGAAUGUGGUUGAAGAAUAUGUGAGAGAUGAUUGUUGCCAAGCUUACUCCAAAGAGUGCACUCCAGAAGUGAACAACCAAGUUGCAGAAGACAAGGGUUUACCUUCAGAAGCACUUUGCAACACAUUUCACAGUCAAGCAAUUAGUUCAACAAGUAUAUCUUCUUGUAAAGUGGACAAUCACAUUGAUAAUAGACUAAACUUGUGUAAGAAAGAACAACUGCUUGAGACAGAUAAUUAUCCAUGCAGUAGUAAAGAACUUCAUUUUGAUCCAUCAUUUCCUAAGAUGCUUCACCUUAAAUCCAAAAGAGAUGUUGAAACUCCAAAGAAUGGAGUUCUUAAAGAUGAAAAUUCCAAAACAUCAGAUAAAUUCCUUAAAGAACAAAGACAAAUAGCUAAACCUAUGCUGGAUCCAAAGCAAAAGAUAAAUCAUCCUCAGGAUUCGAAGAUUUGUUUCAAGAAUUCUAAUGCAUCAAUUCGAUCAACUGAAGAUUAUCCCAAAUCAGCAAUUAAACUACCCUGUGAUGAAAAAUUUUCAAAAGACAAAGAAGCAGGAAGCCAGAGCCAUAUAACUGGAGACCUUCAAGAGUGUAGCACUGUGCAUGAAAGAUUGGAUACGAUUAUCACUGCCAAAGUUUCCAUGCCUAUGAAAAGCAUACCACUUCAUCAUGAAAAAGAUGCAAAUAGUGAUUGUCUCCAAAAGCAUAGCAUUGUAAAUAGAUUUCCAGGGGAAAAACAAACUUCUGCCAACAAACAAACUUAUGCCAAUAAACAAACUGAUGCUAACAAACAAACUGAUGCCAGCAAACAAACUGAUGCUAACAAACAAACUGAUUCUAACAAACAAAUUGAAGCCAAUAGACAAACUGAUGCCAACAAACAAACUGAUACCAACAAACAAACUGAUACCAACAAACAAACUGAUGCUAACAAACAAACUGAUGCCAACAAACAAACUGAUGCCAGCAAACAAACUGAUGCUAACAAACACACUAUUGCUACCAAAAAAAUUGAAGCCAACAAACAAACUGAUGCCAACAAACAAACUGUUGCUAACAAACAAAUUGAUGCUAACAAACAAACUUAUGCCAGCAAACAAACUGAUGCCAACAAACAAACUGAUGCCAACAAACAAACUGAUGCCAACAAACUGAUGCUAACAAACAAACUGAUGCUAACAAACAAAUUGAAGCCAACAAACAAACUGCUGCCAACAAACAAACUGCUGCCAACAAACAAACUGAUGCCAACAAACAAACUGAUGCCAACAAACAAACUGCUGCCAACAAACAAACUGAUACCAUCAAGCAAACUGAUGCCAUCAAGCAAACUGAUGCCAACAAACAAACUGAUGCCAGCAAACAAACUGAUCCCAACAAACAAACUGCUGCUAACAAACAAACUGCUGCUAACAAACAAACUGCUGCUAACAAACAAACUGCUGCUAACAAAGAAACUGAUGCUAACAAACAAACUGAUGCCAAUAAACAAACUGAUGCCAACAAACAAACUGCUGCUAACAAACAAACUGCUGCUAACAAACAAACUGAUGCCAACAAACAAACUGCUGCCAACAAACAAACUGAUGCCAACAAACAAACUGAUGCCAACAAACAAACUGAUGCUAACAAACAAACUGCUGCCAACAAACAAACUGAUGCUAACAAGCAAACUGAUGCUAACAAACAAAUUGAAGCCAACAUACAAACUGUUGCUAACAAACAAACUACUGCCAACAAACAAACUGCUGCCAACAAACAAACUGAUGCUAACAAACAAACUGCUGCCAACAAACAAACUGAUGCCAACAAACAAACUGAUGCUAACAAACAAACUAAUGCUACCAAACAACAAACAAACUGAUGCUAACAAGCAAACUGAUGCUAACAAACAAACUGAUGCCAACAAACAAACUGAUGCUAACAAGCAAACUAAUGCUACCAAACAAAUUGAAGCCAACAAACAAACUUUUGCCAACAAACAAACUGCUGCCAACAAACAAACUGCUGCCAGCAAACAAACUGAUGCUAGCAAACAAACUAGUGCUAGCAAACGAAUUGAAGCCAACAAACAAACUUUUGCCAACAGACAAACUGAUGCCAACAAACAAACUGCUGCUAACAAACAAACUGAUGCCAACAAACAAACUGAUGCUAACAAACAAACUGUUGCCAACAAACAAACUGAUGCUAACAAACAAACUGUUGCCAACAAACAAACUGAUGCCAACAAACUAAGUUGCCCGGCUCAACAAACUGAUGCUAAUAAACAAACUGUUGUCCAACAAACAAACUACCCAACAAACAAACUGCCUUAA